GGCGGAAAGGGGGCGGAGACACAUGUAACGUCUUGCAGCUCGCUCUUACUACGUCAGGGUACAUCACAGGAGCGCACAGGACCUUCUUUCUCAGGUACCAGGGUGACUCCCCGCACUGAAACAAUCCCGGUCACCCUAAAACGCGCUGACCUUCCCUCUACUAAAGGAUUUGGUGUCUGAGUGCAGCAGAGCAAGGAGCUGUCCACGGUCCUGAAUUGAGUCCAACAAAAAAAAUUCCCAUCACACACUCAUGUGCUUGGGCCAGUCCUGAUACCCCCAAGUCUCAGAAGCAUCUCACCAACACCUCUACACAUCCAAGAUGGACGAUGACGGGCGCUACAGAGACGGCCGCUCAGACUUCAUCCGCGGUGCCAAGGACAUAGCCAAGGUUGCCAAGAAGCAAGUUGGCAAGAAAGUGGGGCGUGGCAUGGACAAGAUGACCGACGAAUACACCAAGCGCUCCUAUAAGCGAUUUGAGGAGGAUGAUGAUGACGAUGACUAUGCCGGUGCGCCGAGCAAUGACGGCGGAUAUUAUCGGAAUGACAGCCGGGCCAAUGAUGAUGAGGGUCACAGUGAUUCCACUGAAGGACACGAUGAGGAUGAUGAGAUCUAUGAAGGAGAGUACCAAGGCAUCCCCCGGGCAGACUCAGGCAAAGCUAGCGGCAUGGACAGGGUGGCGGAUGUCCAGGCGCAGCAGUUCAGGGACCUGUCGGCCUACGAGGGCGAGAGGAGGAAAGACCAGGAGGAGCUGGCCCAGCAGUACGAGAGCAUCCUGCAGGAGUGUGGCCAGGGGAAGUUCCAGUGGACGCUCUACUUUGUCCUGGGACUGGCCCUGAUGGCAGAUGGUGUGGAGAUCUUUGUGGUUGGCUUUGUGCUGCCUAGCGCUCAGAUAGACAUGUGUCUAUCUGAGCCAAACAAAGGCAUGCUGGGUCUGAUCGUGUACCUGGGGAUGAUGGUGGGCGCCUUCGUGUGGGGUGGCCUGGCUGAUCGAAUUGGUCGACGACAGACCCUCCUCAUCUCACUCUCCAUAAACAGCGUGUUUGCCUUCUUCUCAUCCUUCGUCCAGGGCUACAGCUCCUUCCUGUUAUGUCGCCUGAUCUCUGGUGUGGGCAUCGGCGGCUCAAUCCCAAUUGUGUUCUCCUAUUACUCUGAGUUCCUGGCCCAGGAGAAACGAGGCGAGCAUCUAAGCUGGCUCUGCAUGUUCUGGAUGAUUGGUGGUAUCUACGCCUCCGCCAUGGCCUGGGCCAUCAUCCCACACUAUGGCUGGAGUUUCCAGAUGGGCUCAGCCUACCAGUUCCACAGCUGGCGUGUCUUUGUGUUGGUGUGUGCCUUCCCCUCUGUGGCGGCCAUAUCUGCCCUCACCACCAUGCCUGAGAGUCCCCGCUUCUACCUGGAGAACGGGAAACAUGAUGAAGCAUGGAUGAUUCUAAAGCAGGUCCAUGACACCAACAUGAGGGCUAAAGGUUACCCAGAGAGGGUUUUCUCUGUGACCACCAUUAAAACAGUGAAGCCGAUGGAUGAGCUGGUGGACAUGGGCGACAGCACUGCUUGGCACGAGAAAUGGAGGAUAAAGCUCACUAUGCUUUUCCAUCAGGUGUGGCAUAAUUUCCAAACCAUCUUCUCUCCUGAGUACCGCCGCACCACCUACAUGAUGAUGGCCGUGUGGUUCUCCAUGUCCUUCAGCUACUACGGCCUGACGGUGUGGUUCCCCGACAUGAUCAAGUACCUGCAGAAGCAGGAGUACUCCUCCCGCACCAAGAUUUUUGUCAAAGAGAAAGUAGAACACGUUACCUUUAACUUCACCCUGGAGAACCAGGUCCACCGUCAGGGGGAGUACUUCAAUGACAAGUUUAUGAACCUGAAAAUGAAAUCUAUGGUGUUUGAGGAUUCGCUGUUUGAGGAGUGUUACUUUGAAGAUAUCACCUCCAGCAACACCUUCUUCAAGAACUGCACCUUCAUUGCCACCCUCUUCUACAACACAGAUCUUUUCAAGUACAGGUUGAUCAACUGUAAGCUCAUCAACAGCACUUUCCUGCACAACAAGGAGGGCUGUCUGCUCAGUGACGUAAGUGAUGAGAAUAAUGCCUACAUGGUCUACUUCGUCAGCUUCCUGGGCACCUUGGCAGUGUUGCCAGGCAACAUCGUGUCUGCGCUGCUCAUGGACAAGAUUGGACGUUUGAGGAUGCUAGCCGGCUCCAGUGUCAUCUCUUGCGUCAGCUGUUUCUUCCUGUCCUUUGGCAACAGCGAGUCAGCCAUGAUUGCUCUGCUCUGUCUGUUUGGUGGAAUUAGCAUCGCCUCCUGGAACUCUCUGGACGUGCUGACCGUGGAGCUCUACCCUUCUGACAAGAGAACCACAGCGUUUGGCUUCCUCAAUGCUCUCUGUAAAUUAGCCGCUGUGCUGGGCAUUAGCAUCUUCACCUCGUUCGUUGGCAUAACCAAAGCUGUGCCCAUCCUGUUCGCCUCGGGGGCGCUGGCGGCGGGCAGUUUCUUGGCCCUCAAGCUACCAGAAACACGGGGUCAGGUGCUGCAGUAGUGCAGCGCCGAAAAGCUUUGCAGGGGGCAGAAGAGUUUUUGCCACACUGUGAACGAACAGCUCAAGAGCCCAUAAAAUCCUUCCCUCUAAACCUCCCUCUAAAGUUUCACUGGUGAGCUGCAAAAUUUGGCCAUAACAGAAAAAAAAUUAUGACAGAAUUUGAGCUGAAAAAAAAAGCACAAAACAAGUAGAAAUGAUAAGAUUUUGUCCUCCUCAUUGUAAACACACCUGGGGUUGGAGAUCAGUUGGAUGGGGGCUCCUGAUAAUGAGCCAUGCAAACAGACUUAAUGACCACUAGCCAUGUUGCAGAGUCCUCCGUUUUCACCUCCAUUCUCCUGAGCAAAUCCAGCUCCUCAUUUUUGGACAUAAACUCAAAAAUGCAACAAUUUCUGCCUCGAUUUGAAGCAUUUUUGACUCUGCGGGGAAAAAAACCCAAGACGCUCCCGUCUUGGCUGCCCUCACUCUUUUUUCUCCAGAUGUCUUGUGUUGUGUACAGACUUACUGCCAUUUUAUAGAUUAUACAACAUUCCAGGUUUGCUUCUGUCAUCAUUAUGAUUAGAAGAUCUUCGCUCCUCUUAAAUCAGUUUCAGAUCUCAUCUGAACCACCGUGAGUUCAUCAGAUAACGGAUCAGUUUCCCAUGUGAAGCACAACCAUUUCUCCUGUGAACAGCCAUCACAUUUUCUUGACCCAAUGAAAAUGUUUAGGAUCUCUCACUCAGCCAUUUUUCCAGUAUCACGGCACAUCCCUUUUGUCAGAACUGCCUUUUUCUUCUCCUUCCAGACUUGCAGUAUGUUUGCCUCUGUUAUGUUUUGGAGGGUGUUAUGCAUGUUACAAAGUAUGUACUAUAUGUAACUUGACAAUUAAAUUAGGAGUGCAACAUGUAAACAGCAUUUGGGACUUGUUACAUUUGCUCGUCUAUGACUCUUAAAGAAAUCACUGUCAUAUGUUGAGAUUCUCUACCCAUAAAAGACAGAACAGCUCAUUUCGUUCUGCAGCUGGUGAUACCUGAGCGUGAGUAGACGUCUCCACGCCGUUCUUAGAGCACAAGAGGGACAAAAACUGCACAGUUCAUUUGCUGUUUUAAACAUGUCCUUUAAUGUGGGAGAAAAUAAUCAAAACUCAGAGUUAAAAACAGAGCUGGGUGUGAAAGCCAACCUACAAAAAAGAAAAAAAAAAGAAGAAAAAACUGUGUGAACUGAAUGUUUAUAUUAUUGUGAGUGUGCUUCUUGGUGCAAUAUGGAACCUCUGUGCAACAUUGACUUUGUUUUCAUUCAUUUAUCUAGUUUUCUGUCAUUCCACAAAGGGUUUUGUUGUUUGUUUUUUAAAAAUGGAUGUUGGAUAUUAGAGAAAAACAAUGUGUGACAACAUACUCGACAUGCUUAACCUGCCUUUUGCUCUCAAAGCAAUAACGCUCAAUAUAAGCAGAGUGGAUAUCCGGACUCUUGGGAAGUAAAACUCCAGAAGGGUCGUAUUUUUUUGAUUUAGGGUCUGCGUGUCUUUAGGGCAGGUUACCAGGCUGAACAAGUGAAAGAGAGGAUUAUGCUACUAAUGGAGGUAUGAAUUUGGCAUGUGGUGGGACAUUGUUUUUACUGUUACAGCCAGAUAUGACAUGAAAUUCACCACUGCCAAGGGCUGAUUGUCAUCAUAGGAAUCAAUGAAAACCGUUGGCACAUCCCCUCCAUCGGUAGAAGACUGAUAUGUUCACAAUUUCAUGGGAAAAAUAAAACAAAACUAAACAAUCAUGCCAGAUCAACAAACUGUCCAGACUGCCAUUUCUUUAGGAUAGCAGCCAUAUGUAGACUGAGGACAGCUGAAUAACCAUUGCACUAAGCCUACACCGUCGUACAUGCACAAUUGUGAAAGCCUUGAGUUCUUCGAGGCGCAUCCUGAUGCAGCCUUGCUAGAGACAUAAUGAAUAAUGAGCCACACGUACCAUGAGAGCACAACAACCAAAAUCUACCAAAUGACAAUUCUGAGUGCUUUGAGAUUCUGGAAAGUGACCCUUUACAUUUCACCACCAUGAUCCAAAUUUAACAUCAGACCACCGUCUUUGAGCGUCCCAUGAGUAGCACCUCUCAUUAGUUAUUGCCAAAUUUUUUGAAUGGCCUGAGUUUACACAUUGUACCACCUGUUAUAGAUAUGAAUAUAUGUAAAUAAGAUUAAAUAUAAUGUAACUAAUAACUAUUUAAACCUCGUUGCCCCUGUACUUAUACAAUAUUAAAGUUGUUUCUUUCCUUUUGUUGCUCUUAGUUGUGUAAAACAAGAACACUUGGUCUUGCUCUUGUUUUAUAACCGCGACACAUAAAGGCUUCAGAAGCCAAAACGGCCAAUAAGUCUAAGUUAAAUUUACCAGAUUCCCCUCUUAAAAGCACACUGGUAGUAAAUAAAUGCACAUUAUCUGUACAAAUAUAAAGAAAACAGAUAUCUAAGGGUUAGCUGCCCUAUGGUCUGUAUGUCAUCCUGUAUCACCCAUGAAAUUAAGAACGAUGUCAAGAUUUGUAUUUGUGCAGCAUUGAAGGCUGUUAAACACUAAAGAGUCUCAGUUCCAGCUCCGUCCAGGUCAAACUUGUCUCUCAUAGCUUACGUUACAGGGUUUUUUGUAUAAUGAACUUGUCUGAGUUACAGUCCAGUUGUGUGUGCAAAAAGUUAACAAAGCAAUAAGUGUUUGGGGUUUUUUGUCUAGUGAAAGGAAUUGAAGCACGUGAAAGGCAGAGCGCAGGACUGAAUGACUAACAUUCAUGCAUAACUGUAAAACCACCUUUGGUCUUGAGGCUUCUGUCGAUAAAACUGCAUUGCCAUGAAUUAAAUGUAACAAAGAAUUACCACCUUUGUCACUGUACCGUGCCGUAGAAACUGUAGUUGGAUGUUUGUAAGUGUAGAAACUGUGGAAUCAUAACUAUGAAAAACGUUAUAAAAAAGAAGUGUAAAUGAACAAUGACGUGUGUUGUCUUUGAUUUUGUGUAUUUUGUAAAUGAGAAUGAGAUAUAAGGAAAUACUUUAAUGUUAAAUACGGUUAUGAAUCAUAGUUAGACUAAAUGUGACGACAUCAGUUCUGUUUAAAGGUGUGUGAGAUGUUUUUUCUUAUAUUUUCUCAUUGUUGAUUUUUGAUUGGGUUUGCACUUUGAUGUGACCCUUUGGAAUCACAAUGGAUAACAAAGACCCAUAAAGAAUAAAGUGGAAAAGAAAUUAUCAAAA